GAGCCACUGCAAGUCGGUCGGCUGCAUCGUCGACGGAUGCCCUCCCGGCCUCACCCUCACCAACGAGGACAUCCAGGUCCAGCUGAGCAGGAGGCGGCCGGGCCAGAGCGACAUUACUACGCCGUUUCAUUAUGUUGUUUCUUGACUUUAACAUUGAUCCUCCUACCGCUCCUCUGCUCAUGACUCCGAUCAUCACUGCACUUGUGUGACCCGCAAACCCGGCCGACUCACCCGCGCGCCCCUCCUCCUGCUCACCCCGCUCUCUUAUCUCGACACGCUUCUUUCCACCCUCAGCGCUCUGAGUUCGACACCGUCCAGGUCCAGAGCGGCACCGAGCACGGUGUGACCCUCGGCACACCCAUCGGCAUGUUGGUCCAGAACAAGGACCAGCGCCCUCACGACUACACUGAGACCGACCUCUACCCUCGCCCCUCGCACGCCGACUACACUUACCUCGCGAAGUACGGCGUCAAGGCAUCAUCUGGCGGUGGCCGCGCGUCCGCACGCGAGACCAUUGGGCGCGUCGCCGCCGGCGCCAUCGCCGAGAAGUAUCUGAAGGAGGCGUACGGUGUCGAGAUCGUGGCGUUCGUUGGGUCUGUUGGCCCUAUCGCUCUGCCCUUUUCGCAUGAGGACGACGAGGUGCUCGGCAAGGAGUACCUGGACCUCGUGAAGAACGUGACGCGCGCUGAGGUCGACAAGGAGAUUACGCGGUGCCCCGAUCGUGCCACCUCGGCCAAGAUGGAGGAGACUAUCCGCGCGGCAAAGGCGCGCAAUGACUCGCUCGGCGGCACGGUCACGUGUGUGAUCCGCAACUGCCCGUUGGGUCUCGGCGAGCCGUGCUUUGACAAGCUCGAGGCUGUCCUUGCCCACGCCAUGCUCUCGAUCCCGUCCACUAAGGGCUUUGAGUUCGGCUCGGGCUUCCGCGGCACCACGUUCCCCGGCUCCCAACACAACGACCCCUUCACCUCGGACCACGGCAAGGGCGAGAACCGCCUGCGUACGCUUACCAACUGGUCUGGUGGUGUGCAGGGCGGUAUCUCCAACGGCGAGGACAUCUACUUCCGUGUCGCGUUCAAGCCCCCUGCCACCAUCAGCCAGACGCAGAGCACGGCACAGUACGACGGCACGGACGGCGUGCUCGCCACUCGCGGCCGCCACGACCCGUGCGUCGUGCCCCGUGCCGUGCCCAUCGUUGAGACCAUGGCUGCUAUCGUGAUCAUGGACCUGGUCCUGCAGCAGAACGCGCGCGCUCACGCCGCGUCCCUCCUGGCCCCCGUUACUAGCUUGCCCCCGACCAUGGUGUUUCCCGGCCAGCGCAAGUAGUGUGGGCAAAAGUAGGCUAUAGAUCUUAGUUAGGUAUGCAUCGGACGUUAGGGUACG